ACCCGUCAAAUCCUCCAAAGGCUCCGUAACUUCGACCCGAACCACCCGAACCACCCGUAGCCAGCGGAACAAGCUCCGAAGCAUCCUAGGGCGGGAGCCGGAUACUAGUAACGGCGGUAUAGACGAGGAUAAGGAUAAGGACAAGGACGAGGUAUGGGAGUGGGAAUCCUGCUGGGACGAAGAGGACGUGCGGCUCGCGGCCGAGGCGCGCAAGUACAUGCCGCUGUACGGACGGCGGGGCGGGCCGCGCAAGGGGAGCAGUCGGAAGGCGUUGAAGUGGCUCGGGUUAGCUACAUAAGGGUUUUUCCCCCCCUCCUUCUUCCUUGUUUUCUCUUGGCUUGGAUGUUGGGAUAGUUCUUUCGGUUCGGUUCUAUACAUGUACGGCUCUCGGGGUUGGUUGGUUCUGAUGGUACUGUACUGCGGUAUCUACGUCUACCUCCCCAUGUAUGUGGUUAUAUUUCUUGGGUAUUGGUUUUGUUGCAUUGUACUGUACUAUAUUAUAUUAGGACCACGAUGUCUGUAUCUGAGUAGGAGGUGGUUGGUAGUAUUUUCCAGCGUUGUAUGGGGAAAAGGGGUUAACUCGAUGGCUCGGGACGGUGACGAUACAGGAAGAUUUACGAUUCGAUGCUUUCUUGGAGGGUAGCCUCUAUUCUUUUAUAUGUAUGUGCUUCUAUCUAGGACAUAUAUAGUAGUUAGUCAAAGUCAGUUAGAC